GAUGGGCAUUGGGAAUCCAAGUAGAGUCAGAUGUGGGAGAGAAAUUGUCCAUGCAGCAUUUAAGCUCCUCCCUUGUUCUUAAAUUUGGGCUGGUCGAUAAUACAGAGUAGUAACUUAUAGGAAGCUGUCAGACAUGUGCAUAGUCACUAAAUUUGCAGCUGUUUUUCAAAGGAGAGAAAUAGAUGGGGAUUUUACUUUUUCCUAAGUUCAUUGACUAAAACAGGGAAAAAGAAGGAAGCAAGCAGAUGGUAGAUACUGAGUUUUAUAUUAAGUUUUUUCUGGUUACUUGGUAACAGCAGAAUAGGUCUGAGGUUAACCAGAACUAGGGGGAGGGGUGUUUGCUUUUUAUUGGACACAGCCACAGGAUCCUAUGAAGAAUAACCUCAGAAGGACAGGGGAACUUAGCAGAAGGAGAUUCUGGGCUCUCAUAAAGAUAUUCAGAGAAAAUGGCCCAGUAUCUGGAGGAGGAACGUCGCAUGAGGGAAGAGAACUUGCGGCUGCAGAGGAAGCUGCAGAGGGAAAUGGAGAGAAGAGCAGCCCUCUGUCGACAGCUCUCCGAGAGCGAGUCCAGCUUAUUAAUGGAUGAUAAAAGGUAUUUUAACGAGAUGUCUGCACAAAGAUUAAGACCUCGUACUGUGUCCAGCCCAAUCCCUUACACACCGCCAAGUUCAAGUAGGUCUAUAUCACGUGAGGCCUUCACCACGGAGAAGCAACAGUCCUGACAAAUUCAAACGGCCCACACCGCCUCCGUCUCCCAACACACAAACCCCAGUCCAGCCGCCUCCGCCUCCACCUCCGCCACCCAUGCAGCCCGCGGUCCCCUCGGCAGGCACCUUGCAGCCUGCCCCUUCGCAACAUUCGGUGCACCCCUCCUCCCAGCCUUAAUGCAUGUGCUUAGUCUGAAUUUCAAGUUGGAACUCGUCCAUUGGAGCCGUCUACUCAACGCCAAAGGCUUCCUUCCCUGGCAUAUUUGGAUCUGACUUAUUUGCACUGAGGUUAUCUAGGCUUCACUCUUCAUUGUGUUGUAUGUAAACGUUUGUUGGAAACGCAGCCAGUGUUGUGGGUCUACAACACUAACCAGACGACUUUCCAUCCGUGUUUUACUUGAAUCUACAUGUAUGUCCAUUCCCUGGCUGGAACAUUGGCUAUUUGGUAUUUGGUAAUACAGCAGCAGUGUGCAAUUUUUGCUUGGC